CCUGUCAGUAUGUGUUUCCCCCUACCUACACCUGAACCAGCCCUUGAGGCCCUUUCAGACACAAAGCGAGAACAGCACCACUGCGCUCUGAAACACAUUAUUUUAUUACUUGUGUCUCCGACGACUUUUUGCUGAGCAAAGCAGGGGCGAAGCAAGCCGCUCGCUGCACCCAAAGUUCAACCUUGGGCGCAGCAACAUGCUGUGAUGUGUGCUGCUGAUCCCAGCGGUGAGCCCAGCGGUGAGCCCAGCGGUGAGCCCAGCGGUGAGCGCAGCGGUGAGCCCAGCGGUGAGCCCAGCGGUGAGCCCAGCGGUGAUCCCAGCGGUGAGCCCAGCGGUGAGCCCAGCGGUGAGCGCAGCGGUGAGCCCAGCGGUGAGCCCAGCGGUGAUCCCAGCGGUGAGCCCAGCGGUGAACCCAGCGGUGAGCGCAGCUCAAACAGCGUUGUGUCUGAAGGGGGCCAUUAUCCCUAACCACCAAGGGGGGGCGCUAUCAUUUUAACAGGAGGGAGACACUAUUCGACCGGGGAACAGACUUUGACAUAACACCGGUGCACCAGAAAAAGUCACGGUACACAGAAAGAGUAAAAGAGCCGGCUGCUACUGGUGAGUACCGGCCCACUGAUAGGGGCAUAAGAACAUUAAUGUGUCAAUUAUUGAAAGGUUAAAGGAGAAAACAUGAAAAACUGUAGAUCCACUUGUCUUAUUGUAGAUAGCUGUGUAAAAUAAGUGUUAAGAAGCGAUCAUUAAAAAC